AAAAAGUAAAAACCAAAAAUUGAUUUUGAUAAUCUAAAAAAUUAAUCAAAAUAAAAGCAAACAAAUUAUUCCGUCGCAUACGCAAAGCAAAAUUUAAGACUGAAUGACAACAUUUAAACAGCAUCGAAACGGCAAGUGACGAUCGCACGCUAUGGAAAGUAUUAUAAAUGUGGCAGCCCAGCAGAUAUUGCAGCAGAUGGGCGCCGAUCUAAGUGGAGCAAGAGCAAUGCAACAGCCACAGCAGCAACUGCCACAGCAGCAGCAGCAGCAGCAACAGCAAGAGCUAGGGCUAGGGCUGGAGCUGGAGCUGAAGCUGAAGCUAGAGCUGGAGCAACAGCUGCAGCAGUAUGCAAGUAUGCAAUAUCAGCACUCAACGCCCACGCAUAUGUCGCAAUUGAAUUAUCAGCAGCAGCUACGACAACAUUGCAAGACAACAACAGCAACACAAGCAAUAACAUCGCCAUCAUCAUUACAUUCGCUGACCAGCAGCAGCAGCGGCAGCAGCAGCAGCAGCUUCAGCAACUAUAGCAACUACAGCAACUACAGCAACAGCAACAGCAAUAGUAAUAGCAAUAGCAAUAGUAACAUCUACGGCAACAACAUCAUUCACAACGCUGCAUACUCAUUAGCAGUCUUUAGCUAUAAGCAACAGCAGAAGCAACAGCAGCAGCUGGCACUGAAACAGGCACAAAGCAAUCCUAAUCUAAGCAAUACUCAACAUCAUUAUCACCAGAUGGAACUGCAGCAGCAUCAUCCAGCCAGUCACAAUGGCUCGCCCGAUAGCAGUGCAUCGCCAAUUGCUGCAGCGGGACAGCAGCAGCAGCAACAACAGCAUUUACAGCAACAGCAGCAGCAGCAGCUGCUGCAGCAACUUAGUAAACAUGAAACAACGGGAGCUGCAACAGCAACAGCAACAGCAGCAGCAACUGCAACUGCAUCAGGAACGGCAGCAACAUCCAGCUAUAAGACUGCCUCCUGUUGGUGCUACGGUGAGUCAGUUUGUUCUGGAAUUGAGGUUGAAAUUGAAAAUAAUAACAAUAAUCAUAAUCAUCAUGGCGAUACCACAUUUCACAUGAAAAUCCUGGUGCCCGCGGUGGCCUCCGGAGCCAUCAUUGGCAAAGGGGGCGAGACGAUUGCCUCCUUGCAGAAGGACACGGGUGCUAGAGUCAAGAUGUCCAAAUCGCACGACUUCUAUCCAGGUACUACUGAGCGAGUCUGCCUCAUCACCGGCUCCGUGGAGGGCAUCAUGACCGUGGUCGACUUCAUAAUGGACAAAAUCCGGGAGAAGCCCGACUUGACCACAAAGAUCAUCGAUGCCGAAUCGAAGCAGGCCCAGGAGCGGGACAAGCAGGUGAAAAUAUUGGUGCCCAACUCGACUGCUGGCAUGAUCAUCGGCAAGGGCGGCGCCUUCAUCAAGCAGAUCAAGGAGGAGAGCGGUUCCUAUGUGCAGAUAUCGCAGAAACCAAAGGAUGUGUCGCUGCAGGAGCGCUGCAUCACCAUCAUCGGCGACAAGGAAAACAACAAGAACGCUUGCAAGAUGAUACUCUCGAAGAUCGUGGAGGAUCCUCAGUCGGGCACAUGUCUGAACGUCUCCUAUGCAGAUGUGAACGGACCCGUUGCCAACUUCAAUCCGACCGGCUCGCCCUAUGCCACCAAUCAGAAUGCCAUCAACUCAAGCACCGCCUCGCUGAACUCCACGCUGGGCACGGCCAUCGGCGGCGCCGGCACUGCGGCCAGCCUCCUGGUCAGCAAUGCGGGCAUCAACUUGUCCCUCAACUUGAGCGCCCCCAAUCCGACGCCCAACCUGGCGUUUGCCACACAGCUGUUGGAUCACAUCAAGCUUGCCAUGCGCGGCGCUGGAUACUCGGAGACCGCCACAACUGAAGUGGGCGCCGCCCUCGGGGUGCUGGCCAAGUACGGCGUGCUGGGCAUGGGCGUGGGCGUGCCGCACACCAAUGGGGCGCAUCCGACGCUGGCCAACUACCUGGGCGUGACGACGCUGGAGCAGCAGACAGCCGCCGCAGCGUCAGCGGCCACGGCCAGCAAUGUCUUCGGCGCUGUUGGGCAGGUGAACUUUGAGUACGCUGCCGCGGCGGCAGCUGCUGCGGCGGCCAAUCGGCCCACGCAGUCGCAACUGGAGGUGCAAUUCGAUUCAUUCCGCCAUCUCGGCUCGGCCACUGCGCCCGCCGCCACGCCCGUUUCGCUAAACAACAACAGCUUUGGACUGACCGGCGCCACCGGCACGGUGACCAGUGCGCAACUGGGCGCCGCCGCCUCGAUAGGCGGCCUGAGUAAGAGCCCCACUCCGGGCGAUCUGGGCGCCAAGGAUACCAAGAACGUUGAGGUGCCUGAAGUGAUUAUUGGCGCUGUCUUAGGUGGGCAACCUUUCUAUUAUUCCUACUAAAAUUGAACAACAACAACAACAACAACAGCAGCAACAACAACAACAACAACAAACAGACACUUCCGUUUUCCAGCACUAUUAAUCCUUGGACCCGUUCGCCCCUCCCUCUUAGCCCCAUUGUUCGUUUAGCGAUGCGAUUACUUAAUUGUAGGACUUAGCCGUAGUUAUAUACAUAGGCGUAGCAGAAGAGACAAAGCCAUUGCGCACAAACAGAGCCACAUUCCACGGCAGGCAUUCCAAUUAGAUAGGUGAUACGAUUAGGUCAGAUCAGAUCUGUUUUUUGAGCAUUUCCAUACGCACUCCUUAAGGCAUUCCCAAUUAUAUAAAUAUGUAGCGAAAUUUCUAGUCAACUUCUUGCCCACACACACACACACACACCCACACACAUAGGCACAGAGCACCCAGCACCCAGCAUGAUCCCAUGAUCAUCCACUCACGAUGAUAUGCCAUAUGCCACAUUCCGUUCUACUAUUUUCGAACCUUUUUCGAAGUUGAAGAUUCGCUCAUCACC